UGAUUCACUGUUAUUGAUCUGGUCAGAAUCCACAUUACAAAAACCUUUGAAGUUCACACAAAUACUUUUUUGAUUUCCUCUGACCGAUGUUCCAGUAAAGCCUGUGGAAAGGGCAUUUAAAAGUGAAUCAGGAACGGAAUUAUAUUAAUUUGAGAAAGCUUCAUAUAUCAGAGAGGCUUGUGAAGAUGGGUUUCUGGGUCCUCUUUGUGCUGAACAUUAUCAUCUCUUCCGGCGAUCAUGGUGUCUUCUCAUGUCCACAGCGAUGCACCUGUCACUUCAGCAGUAAAUCCACUGAGGUGGUCUGUCCUGAUGCCUCUCUCUCCCAUUUCCCUAAUGACAGUCUUCCAGGUAACACCACCUCCCUGACCAUUCAGUACACCAACCUGGACAGUAUCACCACCCAUGAGCUGAGAGCUACACCCCUCCUGCAGGAGCUUCACCUACCAGGGAACAGACUAUCCACUCUCCCUGCAGACAUGCUUAUGGGCCUACCUCAUCUCCAUACCAUAGACCUCACGGGAAACCAGCUAAAUGACUUACCUGCUCAGGUAUUCUACCAUGCCCCGCUGCUCAACCUCGUACUUAAAGACAAUCUGCUCACAAGUGCGAAUGCGGACUGGCUGCCCAGCAACAGCAACCUCACCUGGCUGGACUUGUCAGGGAACAGAAUCAUGAAAGCCCCCUUUGCUCUACUGAAGAACCUGGGCCGCCUGGAGACUCUGCACCUCUCUCAGAACCUCCUGGAAGAGCUCCCAGCCGACAGCCUCCACUCGCUUCCCGCCCUGGAGAGACUUUACCUGGACAACAAUAAACUCCAGUCCCUGGAUGCUAAGGCCUUCAGCCAAAACGUUAAUCUAACUCACCUGUUCCUGCAGAAGAACAAGCUGGAGAGUCUCCCUGCCAUGGUCUUUCACGGCCUGGACCGUCUGCAGUACUUGGACCUGAGUGAGAACAGGCUGAGGUUCCUGGCUCCAGAAACCCUCGGCUUAGGGAUCAGCUGGGUGGAGCUGAACCUGAACCCCUGGCACUGCGAUGCUAAGAUGGAAUACUUGUGGAAACGGCUGAACAAGCAGCCAGUGCAGUCUGAGCCAACAUGUGCCUCACCUGAGAGUCUGAAGGACAGAGCCAUCACUACUCUCACUCGCAAAGAGCUGGGCCUGGCAGAUUAAUGAAUGAGGAGGGAUGAAGAAGCUGGAUGACAGUGUAAAAAUGUGAGAAAAGAUGAGAAAGAAGAACCACAAAAUAGGACAGCACAGCGAUUUACAAAUAGUGUUCACAUAUAUAUCAACGUAUAAUUCGUAAUUGCGAGUAUUACAAUUAUUAAACAAAACCAUAUUAAAAUUAA